CUCCGCUAAACAAAUGACAGUGAGUCGACAGACGCUGUUGUGGGCAGGAGCAAGCAUAAGUAAAAAAUGGAGAAAUACAGGAGGAAGACCGCAGAGGACCUUAUCAAACUGCUCGUACCACCUAAACCGUCAAGACGAUCGUCAGGCAGGCCAGUGGCACCAGCUGGAGCCAGUGUGUUAUCUUAUCAGGAGGGCAACUCCAAGCGCCUGAGUACAUUGUACGAUCCCAACUGUGCGGAUUCAUACUUUUAUCAGUGCUUCUCUAAUCCAUUAAAAAUUGGAGAAGGCUCAUAUGGUAUUGUAUACAAAGUGAUAAGCAAAGAGGAUGGUGCGACAUAUGCUGUGAAGAAGUUCAAGAAUAAGAUAAAUAGUGAGUCUCAGUGGAAGAAAUAUGCAAGAGAAAUAAGGAACCAUGAACUGAUUCCAUGCCAUGAAAACAUUGUUAAGCUGUAUGUUGCUUGGCAAGAGGCAGAUUAUAUAUAUAUGCAGAUGGAAUGGUGCCAAGAAACUCUAGAACAUUUUGGUGUCAGAUGCUUCCCUAUUCCAGGGGAAACACUUUGGAGUAUUCUGUUGGAUGUAACACUGGGUUUGAAACACCUGCAUGACAAUGAUUUACUGCACAUAGACAUCAAACUUGAAAAUAUAAUGAGAAGUUCUACAGGAUGUUGGAAAAUAGGCGAUUUUGGCCAUCUUAUUGACUUAUCCCAGGGACCAAUUAAAGAUGUAACAGAAGGUGAUGCAAAAUACCUUGCGCCUGAAUUGUUACUUAAUAACUGUCCUGUAACAAAGGCCGCCGACAUAUUCAGCUUAGGAAUAUGUUUCCUCGAGUUGUCAUGCAAUAUAUUGCUACCAUCACAAGGCGACUUAUGGCAUGAGCUCAGAGAAGGCAUAUUUCCUGUCGAAGAAGCUAAACAUUUGACUGCUGAAUUAUAUUGCCUAAUAAAAUCAAUGAUGCAUCCAAAUUUCAAAGAGCGUCCUAGUGUGAAUGAUAUUUUGCGUGCACCGAACCUGAGGAAGUUGUACGAGAUGAAGACACCACCUCCAACAGUGAGUGCAACUCGAGGUAUGUCAUCGUGUCGUUUACAGAAGAAAUUGAGGACGUAUGCUUCCUGUGAUUCCAUCACUCGUAACGAAGCAAGUGAGGUGCAACAUGACACCUCAUAUGCAGCAACUGGAAGAAGACCACAGAAAAAGAAGGAAAGUAGCAGCCAAGAAUUUGCUGUCCUAUUUGAACACAAACUAACAAACUAAAAGCUGAAUAUUUUAGUACAACAUACUAGUGCUGUGGCUGUGAUUGAGAUACUGAAAGGAAAUCUAAUUUCUUACUCUUCUGAUGUGCAGUAUAAGAAACUUUUGUAACAUAAUAUGUUUGGGCAAUUUUGCCCAUUUUACCAUAUAAAAUGGAAGACUGUUCUGUAUAUAUAAGAUGUUUAUUAUUAUUAUUAUUAUUAUUAUUAUUAUCAACUUUAAUUUCUAAAUUUACAUUUUUAUUAAAAAUGUGUUGCUAUUGUUAAUUUUGCUACUUCAGUUUAUCAUAUUGCCAAACAAAAAUAAUGUGUUCAUAAACUUUGGUGAUCUCGUGUGUGUGUGUGUGUGUGUGUGUGUGUGUGUGUGUGUGUGUGUGUUUUUUUUACUGUUAUGCUCAGAAAUUUUUGUGUGUUUAAGAGGCUCUAAUUUGACUUAAUUGCCAUUUCUCCAAGAUGUAGGUUAAGUUGUUCUACUUGUACUUCCUCUCUUUGAUAGCUGUUAGUUAUAAAUGUUGUACCUUCAUAGUACAUACAGUUUCUGUACCUGUAACAUCUAAGUUUCUUGCUUAUAUCCGUUUUGGUCACUGUACUAUUCUUCCAGUGCUCACACACAUUCUCUCAAUUUUGUACAAAUAAAAUAUUGUUUGUAGUUUGUAACCACAGUGUGCCUUAGUCGGACUUUCACAUGUGACACCAGUAUGUAAGACUGAAUUAUAUAUAACUUGUCUUCCACAUAUGUCUAAAUUAUUAAAGUAAAUCUGGCAGACAUUAUAUUUGUAGGAAAGGUUUAUUUUAUAUAUAUAUACUCAUCUUGGAAAGGGAAGAACUGCUAUUUUUAAUAUUUAUGAAACUUUUGCACUCCAUUUUAUAGUUUCUUGUAUUUUAGCUACUUUUUCAAGUGUGUGUUAGGAAAGAAAGGUUUGUAGUAGAAUAUUUCAUAUUACUUUAUGUACUGAAAUUAAUAUUUGUAUUUUUUUU